AUGACAAAGGAAAAAUAUAAUACUGUAAAUACUGUUUGGGAUACCAAAUUACAACAAUUUCAUGGUGGUCAGGACUGGAAACAUUUGGAUAAUUUUAUAGAAGAUUUUUCGGUAACAACUAAUGCUUUAGGAACACCCAAAUCUGCAUUAGAGGCAUCUAUAGAAGCUUGUUUUACUUGCCAUCAUUACCCAUCAGCGGAUCAAGAGCCAGCGAAAACGUCACUUGCACAAUUCCUUUGGCCCGAUGACUAUACAAAACAUUCUGAUAGAUUACUUCUUGGAAAUGGUGCAAGCGAAUUAAUCGAUUUGGUUAUAAGAUCUGCUCCUAAUGGUACAUGGAAACCAGGGCCGUGGGAUGUUCAAUAUAAAGAAUAUCAACGAUCAGCAGAAAACAAUGGUCGAAUUAUUCUAAGUCCUCAGGAUACCACUCGUGCAACACUUUCAUGUAUUGUUAAUCCAUGCAAUCCUACUGGUGAUUAUAAAAAUGUUGCAGAAAUGAAGAAAUGGAUUCUUGAUAAUGUAGAAGAAGGAGGUGUGGUUAUAGUUGAUGAAUCGAUGCAACCCUGGCUAUCAUCAGAUUUUCGAUCAGAUUCCCUAAUUUCUCAACAUGAUUUUAUAUUCUCACUUUACAAAACCAAGAACAUAUCAGCUUAUAUAAUUCAUUCAUGGACUAAAUUCUGGUCUUGCACAGGAUUACGUCUUGGCUCAGUAGUGUGUCCUACUUCAAAGCACUUUGACGCAUUGAAAAGAAUUCAGGUUCCCUGGAGUGUAAAUUCACCAGCACUUGCAUUUUUGAAUGCAGUGGUUAGGGAUCAUAGUUAUAUGGAACGCACGUGGAACCUUACAUCAAAAUGGCGAGCAGAGUUAAUCGAUAGGUUAAAGGUUAUUUCAAAUGCUAUUGUGAUGUUUCAUAAAGAUCCAAUGUUUGCAUGGGAAUUUUAUGGAAAUGACUUUUUAUCAUGGGUUUGGAUUAAUAUGAAAACUGCAAAGAUUGCAGAGGAUGCAGUGGAUAAAGCUAAAGCAGCCGGUGUACCAGUUAGGAGUGGAAAACCUGGAUAUAAUAGACCAACUUAUGUUAGAGUGGCGGUCAGGGAGCCUUCAAAAGUUGAUUUUCUGAUUCGGGCCUGGAAAUAUCUUGGAGCUCAAUGA